UCAUUAUGUAUCAUUAUACCGGUCCGCGCCGCGCGGUGUGCACUGCAGUUACUGGGCCAGGCGCGCGUGUGUGCUUUUCUCUCUUCUUCGUCGCCGUCGUCGCCUUCUUCUUCUUCUUCUUACUUCUGUACCCUGGCCGGCGCAUCGUCGUUACCGUUUUCCACGUCGACACCACGUCGGCCGAGCCACGAUGCUCAUCGGCGUCGAAUAAUCACAGCAUACGCGCGUGUGGAAAAAGCACUUGCUGGCUGCCGCUGAACGAGAGCGAGCGUGCGCGCGCGCGCACGCCUCUGUGUCAUCGGCGACGUACAAUUAAAUCACGCAGUUCGCGCGAGUGUACUGUCACGAUAGGACCGCACAGUAUUCGGAUCAACAGAUUGCCGGUCCCCCGUCGGACGAGUUGGAGCGCAAAUUGCGAUAUCGCCGAUCUCGGGAUUUUCCAUUUCGGCCAAGUGUCCCCCCCAAUUAAGCCGGGACCUCGACCCGGUGUGGUGCGAUCGAGGCGUGAUUAACAGUGACCGGUAAUUGAAAUCGCGAUCGGAAGAAUCGAGAGCGCGAUACCCGCGCUCCGUCGCGCAGUGAAAAGAAUCGCACAUCAAUGGCCGGUUUACGCGGUCGUGGAGAACGUUACCGCGAAUCGAUGACGAGCUGACGCGUGACGAGCUCGCGCAGUGACGCACGAAACUUCCUGUGCAUGACUUUGGUGUACAUCCUUUGUCACCGUACAAACAACAACAGUUGGAUUCAGUUCCGUAAACUGCUACGCGGGUGAAGUGCUUUUUAGUGAUUUAACUGUAAUCGAUCUAACUCAAACUCUACCAAAAAAUUUCUCAAAUAAGUGUGUAUACGUGUGAACACGUGAGAGAAACAAUAUAUAUAUAUAUAUAUAUAUACAUGUAAUCAAAUCCUGUGACAAUUACAGUGACAGUUACAGCGACUGAUCUAAUCAGUUCUUCGAGUCAACGAACAAGCAUCUGUCUCUCUUAUCGCCACCAGUGGAAUCAGCCAAACCAUCCACGUGAAAAAGAAAGAAAUAAGUCGCCAAAAAAAUCGGAGAUGUCGCCUCUUCUCCUCAUCUACGAUCCAACAACGUAUCCGUGAUCCGGGCAACAAUAGUGAAGAGUCGCGAAUCGUGAAACAGAGGCCCCCAAGAUUCGGGCCCCGUACGGUGUUCGCGCGACGGCGGCGGCGACGACGUCGUCGGCGAGUUUGUCCGCGAGAACCGUAGGCUGUGGCGGCGGCAUCGACGUCGCGACUAAGGUGGAGCGUCCGGGCAGCACGACGACGCUCAACUUCACGGACCUGGGGAGCCCAUUCGGGGCGGGCGACCCCUGUCCGUCUAGUACCCCGACCCCGAACAGCAUGUCGGGUGGCGGUGGACCGUCAGGCGGAGGCGGUGGCGGCGGUGGCGGUGGUGCGGGUGCAGGAGGUGGUGGUUCCGACAUGGAACAGCAUCUUCAUCACACGGGGCUGGGCUCGGUGACACCUGGACCACCUGGGAACGGCGGCGACAGCACGACCUCGAGCACGCCCGUCUCGCAGAGUGGCAAAUCAGCGUUCAUCGAGCUGCAACACAAUAAUCUGUACAAUCCUGCCAGCCUGCGUGGCGGUUACCCAGGUGGGCACAACGUGCCCGGCGCCCAUCAGUUCUCCCAUCAAGUCGGGGCGCUAAGUCACCAAACGUCGGGACCAGGCAGCGGGAACCAGCAACACGCGGAUGCAGGAUUCCCCAGUCCUAGGUCCGCGCUGGCCGGAUAUCCGUUCGCGCCCAUGCACCAGCACAACGCUUACGGAUAUCACCUGGGAUCGUACGCGCCUCAAUGCCCCUCGCCGCCCAAGGACGGUGAGUACCCUAACUGGUGGUGCAUGUUCGCAGACCUCUCGCCAUUGGGUGACAAGGGUGGCAGUCUGGUGGACGAGCUCGGCGGUGGUGGCGGCGGUUCCUUGAGGAACGGUAAAGGAAAGAAGAUGAGGAAACCACGGACGAUUUACAGCAGCCUUCAGUUGCAACAGCUCAACAGGCGGUUCCAGAGAACGCAAUACCUCGCGUUACCGGAAAGAGCGGAGCUUGCGGCGAGUCUUGGAUUAACGCAAACGCAGGUGAAAAUCUGGUUCCAGAAUAGAAGAAGUAAAUACAAGAAGAUGAUGAAGGCGGCGCAGCAGGGCGGCGGUGGUGGCGGAGGGCAGCACGGUAGCCUUCUGGCCGGUGGAACCGCGCUACCGGGGGGACCAUCCCCUCAACCGGGUCAACCCGGAAGUCUCAUGCAAGGAGGAGGCGGAAGUUCGGUGUCGGGCAGUCCGACGACAGGCUACCUCGGCGGAAUGGGAGGCGGCGCGGGGGGUCACACCCCCGGCAGUUCGAGCCCCGGAAGCGAGAUGUCGCCUCAGCACAACGAGAGCCCGCCCGCACCCUCUUGGCCGGGCGAGAUGAAGCACCAUCCGCAUCCGCACGCGCCACCGCACACCCACCACCACCCCCACACGCCUGGCCACCAUCCACCCCCGCCGCCGCCGCCGCCGCACCACGCGGGCUACAUGCCACAGUACUCGUGGUACCAAGCGGAUCCUAAUCCCGGACUACUCACGGUGUGGCCGGCGGUUUAACGAAGAUGUCCUUCGAGCUGUGUUCAGGAGGAACUGUUUCUUCGUGGCGCCGCGGACGUGGCAGCGCCCCUGCCCCAAAGUGCGAAUACGUAUACCACCUGUCGGGAUGGAAUUCACGUUCGAUGUUAAUAAAAAAGAAAAAGAAAUAGUUUCCAUUCCUUCUAACGACAGCCGCGUGUUCAUAUCGGCCGGUUUUUGCGGCCCCUCACGUAUUGGGCCCGUCCGUCGGUUUACGAGUAAAAUCAAAUUCCUCGCGUUCGUUGAUCCGAUGUACGGAAUCGAUCGCGGUGACGUCGAGUCGAGAAACUCAAAUUCGAAAGUCGCGACGUUGGAAAAAUAUAUAUAUAUUCGCCGAGGAAUCGUCAGGAAUCACGGACGAUGUCGCAUCGCGAGUGGCGCGAUCGAUAGGCGCGCAAUUCGGGUGGAUGGAACGAUCUCGUUUCUCAUCUGUGAAAAUCGGGCGGCCGUGAAAGAUCGCGCAAACAACGGUUACGCGUGGAAUCUCCUCGGUCGGAGAUCGGAAAGCGAUCUCUCCUUGCGAUCUUCGAGAAACGCGCGCGAUACCAGAGAUUCGGGUGGCGGUCGAUCGAUCGAUCUAACGUAAUUACGGAUCUAUGGGAUUUUAACGAUCGUGGAUUUGCGGGGACAAUUUCCGACAGCUUCGUUAAAUGUCAAGAUAGCGGUCGAUCUCCGCGAAAAUGGCGGGGAGACGACGACGGGGCAAGGAUGUUCACUCGCCAGAUCGUCUCUAGAUCUGUUCGCCGCGUUCUGAAGAAAUAUAAUGCCGCGAGGAUGAGCCCCGUAUUUCCAUCGUAAAUGUCAAUCUGGUGGCUGGCGGUCGAUGACGUUAGAUCGGUCGAUCCCUCGCGACAGUUGGCCAACCGAGGCGACUGACCCACUUCGUGAUCUGGAAGCUGGAUCUCGUCGGGCGAAACGAAACGGCAAGAGCGAGAAGGGAGAGGCGGGCGGGAGAAAAGAGGACAGAAGCAGAGAGGGACGAACAGAGUGGACAGGAGAGGAGGAGGCGACGAAAGAGAGAGAAAGGGAAUUAAGGGGAAAGAGAGAAGGUUGCACAAAGUCUCUCGAGUCGCCGAGAAACGGUCGUUCCUCAAGGCGGUUGGAAGUAAUGAAAUCCUAAUGACAUUUUCGUGAGUCAAACGAUCUCGGCAAUCACGGUGGCGCGGUGUAAUCACCGGUCCCCUCCUUUCCGGAUGAAGCAACCUAACCAACCGAGGGGACCCUCCUCCGAAAAGGAGCGGAGGACACGAAGAGAUACGCGCGAUUUACCACGAAACCCGAGGCCGUGCACGGCCAGGAUGGAAAAAAUCAUUAUCCCGCUCGACGUCGCGGCGGACAGUUCUGACAAGUGCGCCGGUUCAUUAAAUUCGUGAAAAAGGAACGAGAAAAGAGAGAUAGAGAAAAAAAAGAAAAAUAAAUGGAGAGGGAGAGAGGGGGGGAGGGGAAAGAAACGAAGAAGAAAAACGAAACAUUCGUGAAAAAGAGUUCCUCGAAAAUGGGCACGGACGAAACGUGGAAACAUCUGUCAUUCGCGAUGAUCCCGUGUAAUCUUUCUCGUUUCCAACUCAACUCGUUGGGAAAAAUUCUCUUUCUUUCGAUAUCGUUUUAACCCUCUGUUCGUAAUUCUCGAAUCUAAAUAAUUUUCGAUCGUAGGAACCGAGGAAGAGAGACGAAUUUUCAAGGUUUUACGCUGUUUUUACGCCGUUCCCCGUCGGCCAUGCCGGCUCACCCUUUGCCAUCUUGCCAUCACCACGACGACGAUACCGAUGUAGCCUAGCUUUCAAAGAGACGCCACGAAACCGCAGGACGAAAAAAAAAAAAGAAAAAGAAAAAGAAAACGAAACGAUGCUUGCGGUUUGCAGGGGAAACUGGGAGGGCCGGUGUGCCCCACCGCCUGACCCAAAUCCUCGUGUCGGUGCAACAAUAAUGGUCGUCUCAUGAGAACGCGGUCUUGCACGCUCCCUUUACUUCCUGAUUCUGCCUUCUUUUUUCGCCCCCUCCGGAGAUGCCACCGUCUCGACGAUUCGCACCCGAGGAUUCGUGAAACUUCGUGAAAGCUGCGUCGAAAGAACCUCGUCUUUUUUUUCGAUUCACGAUCGAUCGAUCACCGAUUUGUUUUUAACAUGGUGUAUCGACCGGAUUCGAAACUCGUACGCGCAUAAUAUAAUUGGAAUAAUAAUAAUUUAAAAUGAUAAUUGUAAAAUCAUUUUAGAUAAUUCCGGGUAAUUGCGUGUAAUUUAUAAUAAGAUAUCGCAAAUGGAAUUAGAUUUGUUAUCCUUAAAAGCAAUUAAUCUGAUUAACUUUAUCGUAUAUUGUAUACGCUAUAUUUAAUACGGUUUUUUUUCUUCUCUUUUUUCUUUCUUUUUUUUUUUUUUUUUUUUUUUUAUUAAGAUUUUAUUCACUCGAGUGAUAUGAAUUUCAUAACAGUUGAUUAACACUAUGUUUCUUAUCGCAUUCAUUACGAAACAAAUUUGAUCCGUGUAUAUUUUUACUUGCAUUCCGAAUAUUUUAUUCAUUUAUAAAGUACAUGAAAAUUAAAAAUAUCAAUUCAUAAUUUAAUUUCAGAAAAAAGAAUUCAGUUACGUGUUACAAAUCGUAAUUUUUGUAUCUUUCGAAAUUUAAAUAAUUUAUUCGUAUUUCGAGAAUAGCUCGAAUUUUUUAAGAACGCGAGAAUUAAUUAAGUAAAUAAAAAAAUUAAAGAAACGGAAAGAUUAAUCGAAUGAAACAGAUCAACAAAGGUUCUUUCGACCGAAUUACGUUUCGUGAUUCCCCGGCAAUUCCCCGUUAGAAUAUUUCCUCGAGCGCGCUCGAGCUUUCCCAUCGUGAAACUCUCGACAUGGGAACAGAGUACAAAGCCAGUUUCACGCCGCUGGACAUCUGGAGCCAUCGCGUGUUACCUCGAAAUCCGCGAGAGAAAGAAAACGAGGCCUGGAGCCUCGUUGUAUCGGCAACGGAUCGACGAUGGAAAGGAUCCACGCGUUUUCCCUCCGUUUUUCGCCAUUUCUCCAAAAUUUUCCCAUCGUUCUCUCGCCUUGACGCACCUUGGUGACGCCCGCGACGUCAACGUCCAACGACGACGGUCACGGCGCACGCCUCGAUUCAGCUUGAUUAUCUAGACGAGAGUGAUUCCCUUCCUCGCUACGCCAAAUAAUAAGUGCCGUUAGAUCCGACCGCAACCUGAAAACGGACGGAGACACACGACGGAGGGAAACGGAGAGGAACGCGUUUAGAUUCGGUGCAAUAAUAAAAAGGAGGCGUGCGCGCGUGCGUAAUAAAUUAACACUCGAAUGUGCCCCUCGAAGUUCCUAAAAGUUGCGCGUUGAAGAGGCGAGCGCGAGUAAAAAAAAACGAGAAAAACAGCGUAAAACGAAUUCGAUUCGCGCGACGAACUGGACGAAAGUGUUUGUCUUCGAGGUGUUUAACGCGCGCGCGGGAUACCGUUAUUCGAAUUUUUUUUUUCUUUUUCUUUUUUUUUUAUCCUGCUCUCGUCGACUCCUCGAGAGCAAAAAUUAAGAGGAAAAAGGGGGGUACGCGAGGGGAGGGGAAAAAGAAGCGUGUCUCUCCCCUUUCCCCUUCCCCCUCCUCUCCUUCGUGAUUGUGUUCGCCGUUGCGAGAAGAAACGCGUAACGCGUUGCAGUUUCAGCUUUGUCACGCUUUCGUCGAGUUCGCGGGAUAAUAGAAUAGAACCGGCCGAGGACGAGCGAAACGGACUUCGACUUUUGCGAUGGAGAUGCGAACGAAGCGUUGGCGUUGGGAUGAGUGUUGCGAACAGAUAAUAUAAUGGAGCAUCGUGCGUGAAUGAGAGAGAGAGAGAGAGAGAGAGAGAGAUGCAAGGGGUUAGAAAAAGGAGGAACAAGAGAUGGAGUCCGUAGAAUUUACUAGCGUUACUAGUCCCGGUGCAAGCUGAAACGGGGGUCGGAUGUGAGCGGCGUGAACAGAUUUAUAAAAUGUUCGAUCCCCCUUUUCCCUCGUGUGCGUGUAAAUAUUGCACCGGGGCCCAACCCCCUGUUAGCACGUAAGACGUAAAUACAAAAAUUGGAGGAGGAGAAGAAGAAGAAGAAGAAAAAAAGAAGAAGAAGAAUCUGUGUAAAAUACGAUAUUGUGAUAAGAUGUGUAAAGAUAUGGGAUUAAAGAAAAAGAAAAAAAAAGAAAGAAAGAAAGAAAGAAAGAGAGAGAGAGAGAGAGAAAGAGAGGAAGCCAGAGAAUCGUCUAUAUACAUAUAGGUUAAAUAACAACACGGCAGACCCCAGUUUAUCAAUUUUAUUGAAGUACCCUUGUACGAAUAUAGAUAUUACGAGGACUAAAAUACCUUAAUUAUGAUUACUAUUGUAUAAAAUAUGAAUAAUAACUAAUUAAUUCAAUUUAAA